AUGGAUCCCAGGGACGAGCCCAUGGACGGCAGGUAUGCGGCGGCUGUGGCGGCCGCCGCCCUCGCCAUCAGCUCCCGGGAGCAAGGAAGACAAGGUCAACUGUGGGAGGAAAGCACGCCGAUUGGAGGUCAACGCAGUCUGACCAGGAGCAAGAGCAGAAGGGAGAGCAGCAGCAACUUGAGUAAUCCUAGUGAUUCUGGAAGAAUUUCCAGAUGGCUCACAGUUAAGGAGGGUAAAGAGGACAGAGACUCAGCAGGUGAGCUUCCAAAGCCCAGUUUGUUCUGAUCUCAGCUCUUUUUGGAAAGAAAGUUUCCUCAAACUCUUCUUGCGGUGAAAUCAGAGGCGGCGGUUGACCGGACAAAGUCAAAGAAGGAAGGGCCCGAAGCCUCAACGGCCAAGAAGGCUCCCUCUUCCACAGAUAUGGGGAGCAAGAGAUUCGCAGGUGCCAAGGGAAACGCCUCAGCUGCGGGGAAGAACACCCUCAGCUCAAGCACCUCCAGGAGAGGAGAAACUCAGGCGGAUGCAUGGGAGCGAGCUGAGAUGGCUAAAAUUAGAAAGAGGUACAGUCACAGUUCAUCAGCCGUCUCUCCUCGGAUAUCUCGGAUUCAUGGUGAGAUGAGAAGAUAUGGGUUGACUUUUCAUUUCUCAGAUAUGAGAAGAUGCAUUCGGCGAUUCUCGAGUGGGAGAAGGAGAAGAAGCACAAGUCUAGGAGGAAACAGGAGCACGAGGAGGUCGUCUCCCAUUCUUCCUCACCAUGGCUGCACACAUGCUAAGCUCAGAGAGUUGACUUCCUAUCUAUGGAAAUUUGCAGGGGCAGCUGGAGAGGAGAAGAAAAGUGGCCCUACAGAACUACCGUGACGAGGUAAACAGGGUCGGCGAGAUUGCUGACGGUGCAAGGAUGGCUGCAGAUGAGAAGAAGAGGAACGAUGAGCGCAAGGUCAUGGAGAAGGCUAAUGAGAUCAGGUCAACUGGGAAAGUCUCCUCUACGUGUUUCUGCUUUUAA